AUGUCUCCCCCACCAUGCGAUCAGGCCUACAUCACAUACCACAGCAACUGUGCAGACACGCCAGCAGAGGGCCUUGCGUGUGCAGCAGACAGCCCUCAGAAGACUGACCCCGUGUGCUCUACCUUCUGCAGGGUCUCCCCUACUUCCUUCGCGUGCAACGGCCAUGGCGUCUGCUUCUUGGACGGCCCCAGCUGCAUCUAUGACGAUAACUUUAUGUUUGGGGAGUAUCCUGGCAGCUGCGUGGCUGUGACAGGUGGUAAGACGGAGCAGCAGCAAACUCCCACAGCAGCCAUGCUCACAGCCACUGGCGACGCCUCAGUGGACGCAACACCCACGCUCACUCUCACGCCUGCCCAGCCGUCCAAGACUGGCAGUGUGUUCCUGGCAUCGCGCGUGCCGCUCUUCUCCUACCAGCUUAUCGGGGACAAGUGCGGCCGCGAGCUUGACUUUUCCUCCUCGUUCUCCUUCACUCUUACCUGCCCCGCUGCUUCUGGCUCUGAAGACUUUGCCUUUGUGGUGGCCUUUGAUGCCACCCCGCCCACAACACCGGUGGUGGGCGGCAUGGGGUAUGUGGGGAUGGGAGCGCGCAGCGUAGCAGUGGAGUUUGACACAUCCAAGGAUGCGGGCAACAGUGACCCUGACAGCAACCACGUGGGCAUCAACACCGGCGUCAAUAUCACGUCGGUGGUAACCGCCAAGCCCAGCACCCCUCUCAAUGACGGCAAGACUAAGCACGUGUGGAUCAAGUACGACCCUUCCUCCAUUGGCUCCUUGCUCGUCUUCCUCUCCUCCAAGGCAUCCCCUCGCCCCACCACCCCCCUCCUGUCGGCACGCAUCUCCCUGUGUGAGGAGCUCGCCCCCUCCUCAUCGGAGUACACCUUUGCCAUCGGCUUCACUGCUGCCUCGGGCACCCAGGCUCAAAGCCAUGUCGUCUCCGCCUGGACCCUCUCCACCUGUGAGUGCACCCAUGCAUCCUUCUUUGUCUCUCACUUGUUGUUCCUGCCUUGUGUUUUUUGGUAA